GUUAGAGACAUCAGAGGAAGUCCACCUGAAAACCACGCCUGCACCAAGAAGAACAAACAUCUUCUCAUCCAACUGCUUCAAUUGAAUCUCACCCACUCAACUGAACAAAUCUACAGGCAUGUACACCAGGCUCAUCAUCACUGUGCUGAUUGUGGCAGGAGUAGCAGUAAACACUGCAACUGCACAGUCCAUACGCAUGGUGGCACAAUCAAACAGCACCACGAACUCAAACCCUACAUCUACAACACAAGCUUCUACAACACAAGCCUUAAACACAGUUGGGGCCUUUACAACAAGUGUCUUCAACUCUGGUUGUGGGGCCCAACAGCUGUGUUUGUCUCAACCCUCUUCAUGUGACCCGUCCACAGGUGGAUCAUGUGACUUUAUUUACUCCCAGCAGCUGAGUGGUCAAAACUAUCAGCUUGGGCUGUCAGGAAGCUCAGCGGGCUACAUCGCUGUCGUUCUGUCAACUGCCGGCUCAGUGGGAAACAAUGAUACAACCUACAUUUGUGCAAACAACAACAGCGUGGUUCAGUCCUUCGUCGCUUACCUUAUUGGCAAUGUGCUGCAUAUGACACCUCUGGGUAUGAACUCUAUGAAUGGCAGUGUCAAAGGAAACAGAAUCCAGUGCAUAUUCAAUGCCAUGUUACCAACUAGAUGUCCUAGGGCACUAAACCUUCAAGUAGGAUUCCUCACUGGGAGCUACAAUGCAACUAAUGGUACAUUGGGAUUUCCUACCGUCAUAUUCCAAAAAUCUGCAAAUCUGUCCAAUGCAGCCAGCCACGCCAUCACAUUCAAACAAUCACUGACCGAAGCCGUGCUGAUUGUUAUGGUUGCUCAGCGUCUAACCAUGUCAUGAGAAGAAGUUCAUCACACACCAUAAACAGUUACAGUAUGCCAGGAGCUACUGUACUUGGAUAAGAGAUAAGAGUGAAAGAAUUCUCAGCUUUUAAGAUAUCUGGAUCUGGAUCUGGAACAAUUGUAGAAGCAAAAAAUGUUGGGAACUGAUAAAUCAAUAAAAGAGUCAAUCAAAGUUGUCUUUCUGUGUUUAAUUCUUGCAAGAAGAGAAGUACAUAAAAACAGUGCAGUUGCCCUGCGAGAGUGUAGUUCAAACAUCUCUCUCUGUCUGUGACUCCCUUAAUAUCGCUAUUGUUGCUAGGGAGUCAAAAUGUGACUUCUUAUCUGUCUAAACAGUUUCAUAGUC